AUAAAAAGACGAAUCAGAGUUUGUUAUAAGAGAGAGAGAGAGAGAGAGAACACUCCAGGAGAGAGAAGGUGAAACAACUGGCCACUGUGCUCCGCUUACUCUGUAGCUCUUUCGAACGAUCUUUGAUCAAGAGGACGAAGGCAGAGAAAGAGAAUUACGAACGACGAGUUUCCCAAGUCGAUCGCACAGCCGAGUUUUCUACAGUUCCGGGUAGAUUUUCGGAUAAAAAUUGUGUUAGGAUCCAUCCGUUUCGGAUUACUAGAGGCGGAUUCAUCUGUGCGUGAUCGUUGGUGUGUGAACGGAGCUACAGCGUUGGAAGUGUCGUAUCGGCUUCGUUUGACGGAAUAAUGGCCGGGAACAGCUUGGAAGAGAUUAAGAACGAGAAUGUGGACCUUGAGCGUAUACCAGUCGAUGAAGUUUUCGAACAACUGAAAUGCUCAAGAGAAGGUCUGUCGACUGAAGAAGCGCAGAGGAGGCUCCCACUUUUUGGGCCAAACAAGCUAGAAGAGAAGAAGGAAAGUAAGUUCCUGAAAUUCUUGGGAUUUAUGUGGAAUCCACUUUCUUGGGUCAUGGAGAUGGCUGCCAUCAUGGCUAUUGCUUUGGCUAAUGGAGGGGGUCAACCACCAGACUGGCAGGAUUUUGCGGGCAUAUUAGCCUUGCUUAUCAUCAAUUCUACUAUCAGCUUUAUCGAGGAAAAUAAUGCAGGCAAUGCUGCAGCAGCACUUAUGGCAGGCCUAGCACCCAAAACAAAGGUUCUUAGAGAUGGAAAAUGGAGCGAGCAAGAAGCAGCAAUUUUGGUUCCUGGAGAUGUGAUCAGUAUUAAGCUUGGAGAUAUUGUUCCAGCAGAUGCUCGACUUUUGGACGGUGACCCUCUUAAAAUUGAUCAAUCUGCUCUAACUGGUGAAUCUCUGCCCGUGACCAAGAACCCUGGAGAUGAAGUUUUCUCUGGGUCAACCUGCAAGCAAGGGGAAAUAGAGGCUGUUGUCAUUGCUACUGGGGUCCGUACCUUCUUCGGCAAGGCUGCUCACCUUGUUGACAGCACCAACCAAGUGGGGCACUUCCAAAAGGUACUGACUGCCAUUGGGAACUUCUGCAUAUGUUCAAUUGCUCUGGGAAUGAUAGUAGAGAUAAUAGUCAUGUACCCAAUUCAGCGCCGAAAGUACAGGGAUGGGAUUGACAAUCUGUUGGUUCUCCUUAUUGGAGGAAUUCCUAUUGCCAUGCCAACAGUCUUGUCAGUGACGAUGGCUAUUGGAUCCCACCGGCUGUCUCAACAAGGUGCCAUUACCAAGAGGAUGACAGCUAUAGAAGAGAUGGCUGGGAUGGAUGUCCUUUGCAGUGACAAGACUGGGACUCUUACACUGAACAAGCUCACGGUAGACAAGAACCUGAUUGAGGUAUUCGCAAAGGAUGUAGACAAGGACGGCGUAAUAUUGCUCGGCGCUAGAGCUUCCCGGGUUGAGAAUCAGGACGCAAUCGAUGCCUGUAUUGUUGGAAUGUUAGCUGAUCCCAAGGAGGCUAGAGCUGAUAUCACCGAGGUCCAUUUCUUACCUUUUAAUCCUGUUGACAAGCGAACAGCUAUAACAUACGUGGACUCUCAUGGUAACUGGCAUCGAGUCAGCAAAGGUGCCCCAGAGCAGAUCGUUGAUCUCUGCAAGCUUAGGGAAGAUGUAAAGAAAAAAGUCCAUGAUAUUAUUGAUAAGUUUGCUGAGCGUGGUCUUCGCUCCCUAGCAGUUGCCAAACAAACUGUGCCAGAGAAAACCAAGGAUAGUGCUGGAGAACCCUGGCAAUUUGUAGGCCUGUUACCGCUUUUUGAUCCCCCAAGGCAUGAUAGUGCAGAGACCAUCAGGCGAGCACUUAACCUCGGAGUCAACGUCAAGAUGAUCACUGGAGACCAGUUAGCCAUAGGCAAGGAGACAGGUCGCCGCCUAGGGAUGGGGACUAACAUGUAUCCCUCCUCCUCACUCCUGGGCCAGCACAAGGAUGAAUCAAUUGCUGCCCUCCCUAUUGAUGAGCUAAUUGAGAUGGCUGAUGGCUUUGCUGGCGUCUUUCCUGAGCACAAGUACGAGAUUGUGAAGAGGCUACAAGAUAGGAAGCACAUAUGUGGGAUGACUGGUGAUGGCGUCAAUGAUGCACCAGCUUUGAAGAAGGCAGACAUUGGAAUUGCUGUAGCUGAUGCAACUGACGCUGCCCGAGGCGCAUCUGACAUAGUACUCACCGAGCCAGGGUUGAGUGUGAUUGUUAGUGCUGUCUUAACAAGCAGAGCAAUUUUCCAGAGAAUGAAAAACUACACCAUUUAUGCAGUCUCAAUUACAAUCCGUAUUGUGCUGGGUUUUCUGUUGCUUGCUCUUAUAUGGAAGUAUGAUUUUUCACCUUUCAUGGUGUUAAUCAUUGCCAUAUUGAAUGAUGGAACUAUCAUGACCAUCUCCAAAGAUAGGGUGAAGCCAUCUCCCGUACCUGACUCCUGGAAGCUCAGGGAGAUUUUUGCUACCGGCAUUGUCCUUGGAUCGUACUUAGCUGUCAUGACUGUUGUUUUCUUCUGGGUUGCACAUAAAACUGACUUCUUCUCGGACAAGUUUGGAGUGAGGUCAAUUAGGGACAAUUCCUACGAGCUUACAGCAGCUGUCUACCUCCAAGUGAGUAUUGUGAGCCAGGCACUCAUCUUUGUUACUCGAUCUCGGAGCUGGUCAUACGUUGAACGCCCAGGUCUCCUGCUCAUAUCAGCCUUCUUUGUUGCACAGCUGAUUGCAACUCUCCUAGCUGUUUAUGCAAACUGGGGUUUUGCGAGAAUGCAUGGCAUCGGCUGGGGAUGGGCUGGUGUUAUAUGGCUGUACAGCAUUAUCUUUUAUAUCCCUCUAGAUAUUAUCAAGUUCAUCAUCCGGUACGCACUGAGUGGCAGGGCUUGGGAUAAUUUACUACAGAAUAAGACGGCUUUCACAACAAAGAAAGAUUAUGGGAAAGAAGAGAGAGAGGCUCAAUGGGCAAGGGAUCAACGCACACUACACGGCCUCCAGCCACCUGAAACAUCUGAUAAAACCAAUUUUGCAGAGCUGUCCGAAAUUGCUGAACAGGCUAGGAAACGUGCUGAGGUUGCAAGGUUAAGAGAGCUUCAUACCCUCAAGGGGCAUGUUGAAUCGGUUGUCAAACUGAAGGGGCUCGACAUCGAGACAAUUCAACAGCAUUACACUGUUUGAUUGAGGCUUGCAAAGUUUUAGCUGAUGACUGCUUUUUUUACAGGCGUUGGCCAUAGAGAUAGAAAGAGGAACUAUAUUGAUGCCGCUAUUUUCAUUCUGUUUUUCAUUAGAUGCCAUUGGGGAAUAAUACAUCAAGAAAUUGCCA